CACGGAAGUGGGACUGAAAUGUGAAAACAAGUCUUUGCCGCAUUGCCUCACAAACUGUUAUGACACAGUCGUUACCGAUUCUUUUUAAAACGUGCACAAUCUUAGUUUACGCGAUUUCUGCUGUUAUUUUGAAUUAACCGUUAUUAUUUAUAGUUCUGCUGUUGGGUAGAUGAGCACAAUGAAGAACUGUAUUGCUGCUGUGAUAACACUAUGCAUUGUAAUGCAGGUGAAUGACGCUUUGAAAUUCGAGAAAACGCGCACGGCAUAUUCUGCAAAGAUCUUUGGGUUCUCAUGGGAGAACUGCGGUAAGCCAGACGACCCAGCGGUUCUGAAGACCCUAACCCUGUCCCCGGACCCCAUCACAGUUCCAGGGGACCUGACGGCCAGUGCAUCCGGGAACACAACGGUCGAGCUGGCAGCGCCCCUCGCUGUGAAUGUGACCCUGGAGAAGGAGGUGGCAGGGUUCUGGGUCACGGUCCCAUGUCUGGAAGAGAUCGGGAGCUGCCAUUACACAGACGGCUGUGACCUGCUCAACCAGCUCAUACCGCCAGGACAGGACUGUCCUGAACCUCUACACACCUACGGCAUCCCCUGCCACUGUCCCUUUAAAGCUGUGAGUCUAUACUGUAGUCCAUCCACUGUCCCUUUAAAGCUUUGGACUUCUAACAUUGACCUGCCCUAUUGGCUGACCAACGGACACUACAGAGUACAAGGAGUGCUGGGAGCUAUGGGGAAAGAACUGGGCUGCCUCAAAAUCACCUUGUCUGUCCACUCUAAUAACUAAAUGGUGGAUAAAUGACCUUCUCUGCCCACUCUAACUAAAUGGUGGAUAAAUGACCUUCUCUGCCCACUCUAACUAAAUGGUGGAUAAAUGACCUUCUCUGCCCACUCUAACUAAAUGUUGGAUAAAUGACCUUCUCUGCCCACUCUAACUAAAUGUUGGAUAAAUGACCUUCUCUGCCCACUCUAACUAAAUGUUGGAUAAAUGACCUUCUCUGCCCACUCUAACUAAAUGGUGGAUAAAUGACCUUCUCUGCCCACUCUAACUAAAUGUUGGAUAAAUGACCUUCUCUGCCCACUCUAACUAAAUGGUGGAUAAAUGACCUUCUCUGCCCACUCUAACUAAAUGGUGGAUAAAUGACCUUCUCUGCCCACUCUAACUAAAUGGUGGACACAGGGAACAUUAUGUACCAUUCCAUGAGCUGGUGUACUGACAUGUUGUCUUCUUUAUUCUGAAGGGAACGUCUGCUCUCAUCUCUUCUCAUCUCAUCAAAGUGCCAAUUGAGAACUAGGCCUAGAAAACACAAAGCCUCUCAGAGUAGGAGUGCUGCUCUAGGAUCAGUUUUACCUUUACAAUCAUCAUGAAUAAGAGGGGGGACCUGAUCCUAGAUCAGUACUCUAAAAUGCUUUGUGGAUACUGGCCCUGUACCAAACAAGCAGUAACUGAGCUGCUACUGUAGUGGUACUGUAGUUUAAGGUUACGAUUCAGACUCACUUUCAGGUAAAACAGUUAAGUUGAGUGAUUUUGCAUGGCUUGCUACUGUACUGCUAUGAACUUGUCAGAACCAUUAUGAUUAUUUUUCUUAAUGUUUUACACUGUCUUUUUUAUGCAGAAUUAUUUUUGUAUUAGAUUUCUUCUCAAGGUUGAAUGGCCGUGGAUAUGCUUCUAUUGGUCAUCGGCUUUUACCCUGGGUAAUGUACUGGUCACAUAACGAGCAGUUUUAGGAGUUUUAAUUGUGACAGUCGUUUCUAGCUGAUGCUUACUGUGUCAUAAUUUCUGGUUCUAUGGGUCGUAAUGCUACUUCCUGUUGCUAGUGGUGACACUUCUGAUUUUACAACCCCUGGGAAUAUGUUGUACUUCCUGUUGCUAGUGGUGACACUUCUGAUUUUACGACCCCUGGGAAUAUGUUGUACUUCCUGUUGCUAGUGGUGACACUUCUGAUUUUACGACCCCUGGGAAUAUGUUCUACUUCCUGUUGCUAGUAGUGACACUUCUGAUUUUACGACCCCUGGGAAUAUGUUGUUCUUCCUGUUGAGGGUUUAUUGAUCUGUUUUUUUCUGAAGGUGUUUUGUUGUUGACAUGUUCAAAGUGCCUAAAUAGACCUGCUGGAAAGGAGAUCUGCGAAUCAGGUGGGACUGUGUGAUGUUUCAAAGGGAAAUGGAAUGAAAGCAGCCAAUCAAUUCCCUCCCUCAUAUAAUACCGUACCAACAGGCUAAUCCUGUUCUAUAACCAAUUAAAGUGUUGUAAGGAAUGUAAGUGCACUUCCUAUCUUAAAUAAUAAUUCUAAUGAAAUGGUUAUCAAGUAAAGAAGUCUUAAGGAAUCAACAUGAAAAAUUGCACCUUGAUUAUUUAGAAAUUACAUUCUUAAUUACUACUGUAACAAAUCAGCAUUAUGUUGGUCAAUAUUUCACUGUAAAAACAUGUUUUUAAAUUAUUCAAUAAAAUAAUAUCAUAUA